AUCACAUUUUUACUUCGUUCAAUAAAAUUUUUAACAAUAAAAGCAUGGUACCAAUCGAGGACUCUCUCUCUCUCUCUCUCUCUACAUCUAUAUAAACACACACAUACGAUCCCUCACCUUCAAGUUGUGUCGAUCCUUAUCUAAUUAAUCCAGAGGAUGGAGUGGUGGUACUACCACUGGUGUAGCAGAAGCUCUAAUAUCAAAAUUAAUGCUGCAGUUUUUGUGCUCUGUAAUCUCUACUUGCUUUCAUCAUGCGCAUCAGCCAUAGCUCCACAGCCAGCAGCAGCAGCUGGUAAUUACUAUUGUAAGUUUCCGGCCAUCUUUAAUUUAGGGGACUCGAAUUCCGACACCGGCGGACUCUCUGCUUCUUCCCUGUCUGUGCCAACCCCUCCUUACGGUCAAACUUUCUUCCGGAUGCCCGCCGGCAGAUUCUCCGACGGACGACUCGUCAUCGACUUCAUAGCGAAGGAUUUUGGGUUGCCAUUUCUCAGCGCUUAUCUGGAUUCCAUGGGGACCAAUUUCACCCACGGCGCCAAUUUCGCCACCGCCGCAGCCACCAUUCGAGAGCCAGUCAACAUUUUACCCCGGGGUGGAUUCAGUCCUUUCGAUCUUGACAUUCAGUUUGCCCAGUUCAUGCAACUCAAAUCCAGAGCACCAUUUAUUAGAAAACAAGGAGGGGUGUUUAAGGAGUUAAUGCCAGAGCAGAAGUCCUUUUACAAAGCUCUGUACACAUUUGAUAUUGGUCAGAAUGAUCUUGGAGAAGGAUUCUUCCUCAACAUGUCUACUGAUCAAGUCAAGGCAUCGGUUCCUGCCAUGCUUACCACUUUUACCACCAAUGUUAAGAAAAUAUACAAGAAAGGAGGGAGAUCAUUUUGGAUCCACAACACAGGGCCCCUCGGCUGCCUUCCUUAUAUUUUUACCAAUCUGCCGGUGACGGAGACCGACGGCGCUGGCUGUGCAAAGGCAUACAACGAGGUGGCUCAGUAUUUCAAUCUGAGGCUGAAGGAGGCUGUGGCUCAACUCAGGAAGGACCGUCCUUCCGCUGCAUUCACUUAUGUAGAUGUUUACUCUGUCAAGUACUCUCUCUACACCGAUCCACAUAAAUAUGGGUUUGAGCAGCCGCUGGUAGCAUGCUGCGGGUAUGGAGGGAAGUACAACUACGGGAGUGGGUUUUGCGGGGACACAAUCACCACUGGGAAUGGCACCCGAAUAAAAGUGGGAUCCUGCAAAGACCCCUCCGUGCGUGUGAAUUGGGAUGGCAUUCACUAUACUGAAGCCGCCAACAAAUUUGUGUUUGAUCAUAUUUCUACUGGAGCAUUUUCAGACCCUCCUCUUCCCCUGAGACUCGCAUGCCGUCGCUGAGUCUCAUCAAUUAUAAUUUCCACUAAAAAUAUAUAUAUGCCAUGUACUCUAAUGCUGUAAUAUUAAUAAUAUAUAGCAAUAAUAAUAACAACAGCAACAAUAAUAAUAAUAAUAUUUUGCUCUAA